AGUGAAUGACAGCUGGGCAUGACAGCAGAUGACAGUGAUUUAAAUUUAGUUAAUGUAAAUAUAACCUAAAAGUUUAAGAUUUAUUUUGUAAAAAAUUGUGAAAUAGUUGCUAAAUUUAGGUCAAAAUGCCUAAUAAAACAUUUCAAGAAGUCCCUUACUAUGCAAGGCCCCAAUGUGCUCAACAGUCCCAGUACAUACCUGCAAUCUCUUCAACAAAUUACAAUCAACAACAAUUGUAUGAUUAUUAUUACAACCAGAAGCCACAGUAUGAACACUCAGAUUGGAUGCCAGAAAACCAGAUGAAGUUGCCAGAUAAGGUAGACUCAAUUGAUAUAUAUAAUAAUAAGGAGUUGAGUCCUGCAAGUUGCUGCAGUAAUCUGGAUCCAUUCAAAGAUCAGCAAUGGUACAACAAGAGCUACAUAGAGUAUCCAUCCUGUUCACAGAUGAACUGUGAACAGACUGGAGGACCUGUAAAGUAUUGCAGCAUAAAGAACAAUUAUGAUUGUAUGCAGCAGCUAGAUUAUAAUCAGGAGGCUUUUAUGGAUGUCUUGAACUUUGAGUCGAUGGCAUUGGAUCAACAGACUGAGGAUAGCAAUGAAGAGAGUGAUAUUGUAGUAGAAGAAUCUGAUGAGGAGUCUUAUGUUGAGAGGAAGUUUAGUUGUACAAUUUGCAAUGUUGUUUAUUCCCCAGUGGGUAAUCAAUUUUACUUCCUAACACCUGAAAGUCCUUUAACAAUGAGCUCACAGAAACCAGUGUACACUAAACUAGUUGAACUUGUGGGGAAAUUAAAUGAAGGCAGUUACCUAUGUGGACAAUGCUUGAACCUUGUAAAUACAAUUGAUAACUUGGAACACAAGUUUCUAGGAUUCAAGAAGGAUUUAGUUUCCAAAUUUGAAUCGACGAACGGAGUUAAAGUGAAGUUGCCUCAGAAUCAUUGCGUUCACAAGAUGACGUGCAAAACUUGCAAAAAGGUGAUUUCCUUGAGAGCCGUAUUCAAAGUGCAUACGAAGAAGCACAGAUUGCCGGUGAAUUACCUCUGCGACGUAUGCGGUCGGAGGUUUACGAAAUUAACCAAAUUUAAGAUGCAUUACAAUACGCACAAGAGAAAACUAUGCGAGGCUGUUAAGAUCGAGGCAUUCGUUUGCAAGAUAUGCAAGAAACCGUUUAGAACCAAAUCCAACUUGAACGACCACCAAAACUUCUGUUCCAAUAAGCUUCCAUUCAAAUGCAAACUCUGCGAUAAAUCGUUUCCAACGUCAACCAAACUCAAGAACCACGCGCGUCUCAAGCACGACAAGAAGUUCGCAUCUAUAUGUUCCAUAUGCAAUUUGGGAUUCGUCAAGAUUUCCGAUUAUAAAACGCAUAUGAUUUCGCACAGUGCAAACAAGAAGUUCACGUGUCCGCAGUGCGGACGUACGUACAAGACACUGAGCAACUUGAAGUUUCACAUGAAAUUCCACAACGAUAAGUUACCGUUCAACUGUACCAUCUGCUCCAAAGGUUUCAUGCGUAAAGAGUACUUGGAGUCACACGUGAAUAAGCACACAGGCCAAAGAAACUUCCACUGCCAAAUCUGCAAGAAGAGCUUCGUCUCGCAAAAGAAUUUGGAUGCUCAUCUUAAGUAUCACGACGGAAAUGUUACGAAGAAAUCAUGCAAUGUAUGUGGAAAGUUGAUUUCGAAAGGACUGGAAGAUCACAUGAGGACGCAUAGCAAGCUUAAGGAAAUCGAAUGCGAUAAGUGCGAAAUGCGGUUCAAUACGAAAAGUGCACUGUUUAAACAUAGGAAACGGAAACAUUAAAUAUAUUUAAUUUAGAUAUAUAUAUAUAUAAAAAAAAAUAAAUCAAAAUUCAUUUUCAAUCCGUAUCCAUUGAUUCAUCGCUAUCAUC